UUCUAUUUUCUCCCGCUAAUCUCGGCACUUUCUCUCCAUUACAUUUUCCUUCCAUUUUCUUUAUCAACAUGCCCCUAUCCCCACUUCACUUUCUCUCCAACCAACAACACCACAAUGAUUCCACUAUCCUUCUCCCCAUUCUCCUUCCUCUCAUUUUCCCUCUUCUUCUUCACAGCUUCCUCUUUCUCUUACCACAUUAACUGCGGCACUUCAACAAACACCUCAGACGCAUUCAACACAACCUGGCUCUCCGACCGCUUCUCCACCGCCGGCACCACCGCAAUCGUCUCCGAGCCUCUCCGCUUCCACCGCCCCUCCGAGAAAACCCUCCGCUUCUUCCCUCCUUCCUCCUCCGGCAAGAAAAACUGCUACUCCUUCCCUUCCUCAACAUUCCCCGCCGGCAGAUACCUCCUCCGCACCUUCACCGUCUACGACAACUACGACGCCAAGUCCCGUCCUCCCUCCUUCGACGUCGCCCUCGACUCCACCAUCCUCUUCAGCUGGCGCUCUCCAUGGCCUGAAUCAACCUCCCGCGACGGCGCCUACUCUGAUUUCUUCGCUUUCCUCAACACCUCCUCCGCCGCCGACCUCUGCUUCUACGGCUACGCCACCGACGCUCCGAUUGUUUCCUCUGUUGAGCUCUUCCAGGUCGACGCUACCUCCUACGACUCCAACUCCACCGGUGAUAACCUCAUCCUGGUCAACUACGGCAGAAUCUCCUGCGGCUCCGGCGACCACUGGGGGCCUGGUUUCACCAACCACUCCGAUCGCUUCGGCCGGUCAUGGCAGCCGGACUUGACCUUCCGGGCCAGACCCACCGCUGUCGUCCGGGUGGUUUCGACGGAGAAUGCAGUGACCGGAGCCGAGACUGGGCCGAAUUAUUUUCCGAUGAGGCUGUACCAGAUGGCGGUGACGGUGGAGGAGGGGGUGUUGGAGUACGAGUUGGGUGUGGACGCGAAGAUGGACUACAUGGUGUGGCUGCAUUUUGCGGAGAUUGAUUCCACUGUGAAGAAAGCAGGGGAGAGGGUUUUUGAUGUGUUCAUCAAUGGUGACAAUGUGAGCAGGGUUGAUAUAUUCAAGGAAGUGGGUGGCUUCUCUGCGUUCACUUGGCAUCAUGUUGUUAAGAAUUUGAGCUCUAAUGUGUUGGGUCUCAAGCUUGUGGCUUCUGUUGGUGCCCCUCUGAUCAGUGGCAUUGAGAAUUAUGCAUUGGUUCCUAAUGAUCCUUCCACUCUCCCUCUUCAAGUGAGUGCCAUGAAGGCGUUGAAGGAAUCGCUUCGUGUUCCGGAUAGAAUGGGUUGGAAUGGUGAUCCUUGUGCACCUACUUCUUGGGAUGCUUGGGAGGGUGUUACUUGCCGCAUGAGUAACAACAAAACUGCUCUCAUCAUAACUGAAAUAGAUCUUGGUAGUCAAGGACUGAAAGGAUACAUAAGUGACCAGAUUAGUCUUUUGUCAGACUUAGUAAGCCUGAACUUGAGUUCUAAUUCCUUGGAGGGUGAAAUACCUUUAGGACUAGGUCAAAAAUCCCUGCUACAAGUGGAUUUGUCCAACAAUCAGUUAACGGGCCCCAUACCAGACAGCUUAGCAUCUUCGAGUUUAAAACUGGUGCUAUUGAAUGGUAACUUAUUGGAAGGACAAGUGCCAGAGCAACUUUAUUCAGUUGGGGUGCAUGGUGGAGCUAUUGACCUCUCUGGCAACAAGGGUUUGUGCGGCGUCCCAUCUCUGCCAUCAUGUCCUAUGUUCUGGGAACACGGUGGAUUAUCAACUGGGGGGAAAAUAGCAAUAAGCUUGUCAUGUCUUUUUGUAUUCUUUGUGGUACUGCUGCUGGGAUAUAUCUACAUCAGAAGGAAAAGGAAUGAUUAUGACUUUGGUCUACCCCAUGAAUUAAUGGCAUUAGCGGCCAAGAGAAACAAAUAUCAGAGGCAGAAAUCAUUGAUGCUUCUAGAGCUGGAGAGUCAACAUGCCAGGGGAUUACCUUCACCUUUUACUCCACAAUAAAUUUUCAUGGAAUUGGAAGAGAUUGAUUCCCAUAGUUUUCCGCUGAACAUACACCGUUACCGCAUAGAGAAAGUAAUUGAAUGUUACAAGCUUUGCUACAACAAUGGCUUCUGGGGUUGCUUUUCUAACACAAUCCACAAUAAUCUCCUAUUUCACAAUACAAAUGGCAUAUCCCAGCUACAAAACUAAGCCAUCUGUAAUGUAUAUAUCUUUGGAUGAAUAUUCACCUGAUAGGAUCAUCAUCAACUCAUGAUGUAUACAAUUUGAGCCACUAGCUAGUAGCCAGUUUUUCAUGUGUCUUCAAUUCUGCUUUGAUUCUUAACACUGUAUAGUGAUUUAUGUAGCCAAAUAACAGUGAGUGAGUUUAUUGUACAAUGUAUGAUUGAAGGUUUUCCUUACAACUAUACCAAAUUACAAGUAAAGCAAGAUAGUGAAAAUUCCCCACUUCAA